AUGGGAACUGACGUGCUAGAUCGUAUGAUUGAACGUGAUUUAGCUUUGUCAUCAGGGUUCACUAGUGAUACGAGAGAGACUGUGAGCGUGGGCGUUGGUAAAGAUGCAGAGGACGACGAGUCGAAUUGCAUGGUUGUUGACGGUUGGAGCGACUACUCCUCAGAAUGCAUACACGACGAGCACAAGCCUAGUGUGUCGGUUGGUUCUCCGACUAGACUUGUGAGUGUGGAGACUCAAGCGACAGACAGCGUAUCUUGGUUGGCUACUGACACAUUGUCAACUUCAGGAUUUACCGAUCAGUCGACCGUAGAUCAGUCGACCAGGAGUCCAUUGGAGAUGACGAGAGAGAAGGUAGUGAGUUCAGGUUUGUGUGAAGAUGAGUCGAAUGUGGUUGGUCAACUGCGCGAAGAGUUGACGUCUUGUUAUGAACAGAUAGUGAAGCUGUCUAGAUCGGUGGAGGAGAGUGAUGCUUCGUUGAUGGAUGUCCGGCGUUUGUUGACUGUGAAGGAGAGUGAAGUGGCGGAUCUGAGAGAGGAGAAGCGUCAUUUACGAGACGAAGUGAAUGAGUUGAGGGAGACUGUAGAGGCAGAACGACGUGAUUUGGACAUAAUGCGUGCAAAUAUGGAUUUGUUGGAGAGCAGUAAUGUGGUGUCUGAUAUACGCUCUCGUCGUGUUCUUUUGUCAGAUAAACUUGGUUUUUGUCUUAAUGCUGAUGUCGCUAGUGCACAUAGUAUAUUUUUACAUGAUGAGCUUUCUGAUCUUAAGCAGAAAUUUUCAAGAAUUUCAAUGUCGUUAGCAUUUGCUACGGAUUUUGUUGAUUUAUGUAUGAAGUUGCUUUCAGUUUUUGUGAAUUUACUUUUGGAUUUCUCUAGAUUUUCAAAUACCAAUUUUGAUCGUAUAUUCUGUGCUGAUUUUAUAGAUCUUUUGUCGGAUAUUGUUUCUUUUUUAAAAUCUUCUAAUUUUGUUGAUGGUUUUGGUGAUUAUUCUAAUAGUUUGACAUAUUUCAGUAAUCUACAUGAAUUACUGUUAUCCGGUUGUCUAUCUUCCUGUAGUUUAUGUAAAAUCCAAGACGUUUGUCAUCAUAGUUUUAUAUGUAUUUUAUGUAUUCGUUGUAUUUCUUCUAUCCAACAUCCCGAUGUUUACAAUGACAUGUUAAAAGCACAAUAUCCUCACAUUAAUCCAAUGAAUGGUACCGAUGAUGAUUAUGAUGAUCAUAAUCAUGAUGUGAACGCUUCUGGUGAUUUGUUAUCUGAUCAUCAUUCUAAUACAAUUUAUCCACAAUUUAUAUCACAACAAUCAAUAUCUAAUAAAACUCAACAAAUUGAUCUUGAACAUCAACUUCUUAUUGCUAAAUCAGAAAUAAAUCGAUUAUCUCAUCUAUUAUAUAAUAUAAGACUAAAUAGACAUCAUGAACAAGAAGAAGUCAAAGAAAAAGAAGAAAAAGAAAAAGAAAUACAAAAGAAAUUCAAUAAUGAUACACAAUUAGAAAUUGAAAAAAUUUAUUUUGAAAAUUUAUAUUUAACUAAACAAAAUAAUCAAUUAAUAAUAAUCAAUAAUCAAUUAUAUCAUAAAAUAUUGAAUGAAAUUACAAAAGAAUUAAACAUAUUCCAAUUAUUAGUCAAUAAUAAUAAUAAUAAAUCAAUAUCCAAUGAAGAAUCAAUUGAAUGUAAUCAAUACUUUAAAUUUAUUGAUUAUUUAUUAAAUAAUAGAAAAGAAUUAAUCAAAGAAAUUAUUGAUUAUAAAAAUAAUUAUAAUAUUAUUUAUCAAUUAUUAAUUGAAGGUUUAUAUUUAAAUAAAAUAAAUGAAUUAAAACAAACUACAAAUCAAUAUUGUUAUUGGAAGAAAGUAGAAAAUAUUAUUCAUUCUAAUAAUGAUUUAAUAACAAGAUCUAGUUCUAUAGAAAAUGAAUUCAAUGUACUUGUUCCACCACCUCUAUCAUCAUCAUCAUCACCUCCACCACCACCACAACAACAACAACAAGAAAAAUACGAAUUCAAUAAUUCUAUAUUACAAACUGGUCAUUGUUUGCUGAAUAAAAUAAAUAAAAUCAUAACAAAAAUUGAAAAGAUUGAAAUGGAUCUAAAUAAUUUAAAAUGUAUUCAACAACAAUUGAUUGAUUUGAAAAAAAUCAAUAAUCAAUGGAAAAUCAAUAUGAAUAUAAUAUUGAAUGAUUUAUUGAUUUUACGAAAUAAAAUCAAUAAUGAUCAUGAUAUAGCAACCGCAACUACGACAACAACAACAACACCAAGAGAUAUCCUUUCAAUGACUUGUAAUCAUUUGAAUGAUGAUUAUUCUAUAAAUAUAUUAAAUCCAAAUGAAAUUAUGCCAAUAUUUAAUAUAUUGAUUAAAGAUUUCCAAACUUAUAUCAAUAGAAUAAGUAUUAUAGAAAAUCAAUAUAAUCUAUUGAAUGAUAAAUUAAAUCAAUUAAAUAAAGAAUGUAAUAAACUUCAUAUUGAAAUGAUUCAAUUACAAUCAUCAAUUAAUAAUCAAACAAUUAUCAUAGAUAACAUAGUAACUAAUAAUUUAGUUACUAUGUCAACUGAAUCAAUCAACAUAAGUAAUGAUAAUGAUACAGAGAAUCUUUCUAUCAAUCUAGAGAUUGAAAAUAUCAUGGAAAAAAUUAAACUAUAUACAAAUCAAUUAAAUUCUAUUAGGAAACAGAUGAUACAACAAAUAGAACAAAAGAAUACUGAACAAAUCAAAACAUUAGAUGAUGAUGAUCAAGAUAAUACUAAUGUAGAAAAUGAAGUAAAAGAAGAGAUUUACGUAUCAAAUCAAUAUAUACUUGAUAAAGAAAUAUUUUUGAACGAGAAAAGUAAAACUAUUGAAUGUAUUGAUAAUAAACAUCAGAAAGAUACUCUUGUUAUCGAUUCUACAGAUGAAGUGAUAUCACUUUUAACUAAAGUACCUAUUCCACCUGAUGUACAUUUGUUAAGUGAUGAGAAACAACCAGAUAGUUCUUUUGAUGUGAGUAGAAUAGUUGAAGAAGAUUUCAAUGUCACAGAACAAAGUUUAUUGGAUAUAAGAAGAGAUUAUUCUACUGGUGAAUUGAAAGAUGCUUCUGUUAUCGAUUCUACAGAUGAAGUUAUAUCACUUUUAACUAAAGUACCUAUUCCACCUGAUGUACAUUUGUUAAGUGAUGAGAAACAAUCAGAUAGUUCUUUUGAUGUGAGUGGAAUAGUUGAAGAAGAUUUCAAUGUCAAUGUCACAGAACAAAGCUUACUGGAUAUAAGAAGAGAUUAUUCUACUAAUGAAUUGAAAGAUACUUCUGUUAUUGAUUCUACAGAUGAAGUGAUAUCACUUUUAACUAAAGUGCCGAUUAAAAUUGAUCAGAAACAAUCACAUCGUUCUUCUGAUGUUAGUAGAAUAGUUGAAGAACAAAGUUUACUGGAUGUAAGAAAAGAUUAUUCUAAUGAAUUGAAAAAUUCUCCUGUUAUCGAUUCUACAGAUGAAGUUAUAUUACUUUUAACUAAAGUACCUAUUCCACCUGAUGUACAUUUGUUAAGUGAUGAGAAACAACCAGAUAGUUCUUUUGAUGUGAGUAGAAUAGUUGAAGAAGAUUUCAAUGUCACAGAACAAAGUUUAUUGGAUAUAAGAAGAGAUUAUUCUACUGGUGAAUUGAAAGAUGCUUCUGUUAUCGAUUCUACAGAUGAAGUUAUAUCACUUUUAACUAAAGUACCUAUUCCACCUGAUGUACAUUUGUUAAGUGAUGAGAAACAAUCAGAUAGUUCUUUUGAUGUGAGUGGAAUAGUUGAAGAAGAUUUCAAUGUCAAUGUCACAGAACAAAGCUUACUGGAUAUAAGAAGAGAUUAUUCUACUAAUGAAUUGAAAGAUACUUCUGUUAUUGAUUCUACAGAUGAAGUGAUAUCACUUUUAACUAAAGUGCCGAUUAAAAUUGAUCAGAAACAAUCACAUCGUUCUUCUGAUGUUAGUAGAAUAGUUGAAGAACAAAGUUUACUGGAUGUAAGAAAAGAUUAUUCUAAUGAAUUGAAAAAUUCUCCUGUUAUCGAUUCUACAGAUGAAGUUAUAUUACUUUUAACUAAAGUACCUAUUCCACCUGAUGUACAUUCGUUAAGUGAUGAGAAACAAUCACAUAGUUCUUUUGAUGUGAGUGGAAUAGUUGAAGAAGAUUUCAAUGUCAAUGUCACAGAACAAAGCUUACUGGAUAUAAGAAGAGAUUAUUCUACUAAUGAAUUGAAAGAUACUUCUGUUAUUGAUUCUACAGAUGAAGUGAUAUCACUUUUAACUAAAGUGCCGAUUAAAAUUGAUCAGAAACAAUCACAUCGUUCUUCUGAUGUUAGUAGAAUAGUUGAAGAACAAAGUUUACUGGAUGUAAGAAAAGAUUAUUCUAAUGAAUUGAAAAAUUCUCCUGUUAUCGAUUCUACAGAUGAAGUUAUAUUACUUUUAACUAAAGUACCUAUUCCACCUGAUGUACAUUUGUUAAGUGAUGAGAAACAACCAGAUAGUUCUUUUGAUGUGAGUAGAAUAGUUGAAGAAGAUUUCAAUGUCACAGAACAAAGUUUAUUGGAUAUAAGAAGAGAUUAUUCUACUGGUGAAUUGAAAGAUGCUUCUGUUAUCGAUUCUACAGAUGAAGUUAUAUCACUUUUAACUAAAGUACCUAUUCCACCUGAUGUACAUUUGUUAAGUGAUGAGAAACAAUCAGAUAGUUCUUUUGAUGUGAGUGGAAUAGUUGAAGAAGAUUUCAAUGUCAAUGUCACAGAACAAAGCUUACUGGAUAUAAGAAGAGAUUAUUCUACUAAUGAAUUGAAAGAUACUUCUGUUAUUGAUUCUACAGAUGAAGUGAUAUCACUUUUAACUAAAGUGCCGAUUAAAAUUGAUCAGAAACAAUCACAUCGUUCUUCUGAUGUUAGUAGAAUAGUUGAAGAACAAAGUUUACUGGAUGUAAGAAAAGAUUAUUCUAAUGAAUUGAAAAAUUCUCCUGUUAUCGAUUCUACAGAUGAAGUUAUAUUACUUUUAACUAAAGUACCUAUUCCACCUGAUGUACAUUCGUUAAGUGAUGAGAAACAAUCACAUAGUUCUUUUGAUGUGAGUGGAAUAGUUGAAGAAGAUUUCAAUGUCAAUGUCACAGAACAAAGCUUACUGGAUAUAAGAAGAGAUUAUUCUACUAAUGAAUUGAAAGAUACUUCUGUUAUUGAUUCUACAGAUGAAGUGAUAUCACUUUUAACUAAAGUGCCGAUUAAAAUUGAUCAGAAACAAUCACAUCGUUCUUCUGAUGUUAGUAGAAUAGUUGAAGAACAAAGUUUACUGGAUGUAAGAAAAGAUUAUUCUAAUGAAUUGAAAAAUUCUCCUGUUAUCGAUUCUACAGAUGAAGUUAUAUUACUUUUAACUAAAGUACCUAUUCCACCUGAUGUACAUUUGUUAAGUGAUGAGAAACAACCAGAUAGUUCUUUUGAUGUGAGUAGAAUAGUUGAAGAAGAUUUCAAUGUCACAGAACAAAGUUUAUUGGAUAUAAGAAGAGAUUAUUCUACUGGUGAAUUGAAAGAUGCUUCUGUUAUCGAUUCUACAGAUGAAGUGAUAUCACUUUUAACUAAAGUGCCGAUUAAAAUUGAUCAGAAACAAUCACAUCGUUCUUCUGAUGUUAGUAGAAUAGUUGAAGAACAAAGUUUACUGGAUGUAAGAAAAGAUUAUUCUAAUGAAUUGAAAAAUUCUCCUGUUAUCGAUUCUACAGAUGAAGUUAUAUUACUUUUAACUAAAGUACCUAUUCCACCUGAUGUACAUUUGUUAAGUGAUGAGAAACAACCAGAUAGUUCUUUUGAUGUGAGUAGAAUAGUUGAAGAAGAUUUCAAUGUCAAUGUCACAGAACAAAGCUUACUGGAUAUAAGAAGAGAUUAUUCUACUAAUGAAUUGAAAGAUACUUCUGUUAUUGAUUCUACAGAUGAAGUGAUAUCACUUUUAACUAAAGUGCCGAUUAAAAUUGAUCAGAAACAAUCACAUCGUUCUUCUGAUGUUAGUAGAAUAGUUGAAGAACAAAGUUUACUGGAUGUAAGAAAAGAUUAUUCUAAUGAAUUGAAAAAUUCUCCUGUUAUCGAUUCUACAGAUGAAGUUAUAUUACUUUUAACUAAAGUACCUAUUCCACCUGAUGUACAUUUGUUAAGUGAUGAGAAACAAUCAGAUAGUUCUUUUGAUGUGAGUGGAAUAGUUGAAGAAGAUUUCAAUGUCAAUGUCACAGAACAAAGCUUACUGGAUAUAAGAAGAGAUUAUUCUACUAAUGAAUUGAAAGAUACUUCUGUUAUUGAUUCUACAGAUGAAGUGAUAUCACUUUUAACUAAAGUGCCGAUUAAAAUUGAUCAGAAACAAUCACAUCGUUCUUCUGAUGUUAGUAGAAUAGUUGAAGAACAAAGUUUACUGGAUGUAAGAAAAGAUUAUUCUAAUGAAUUGAAAAAUUCUCCUGUUAUCGAUUCUACAGAUGAAGUUAUAUUACUUUUAACUAAAGUACCUAUUCCACCUGAUGUACAUUCGUUAAGUGAUGAGAAACAAUCACAUAGUUCUUUUGAUGUGAGUGGAAUAGUUGAAGAAGAUUUCAAUGUCAAUGUCACAGAACAAAGCUUACUGGAUAUAAGAAGAGAUUAUUCUACUAAUGAAUUGAAAGAUACUUCUGUUAUUGAUUCUAUCGAUGAAGUGAUAUCAUUUUCAACUAAAGUACCUAUUACAAAUGAUGUAGAUUUUAUAAGUGACGAGAAACAAUCACAUGAUUCUUCUAAUGUUAAUAGAAUUCAUGAUAAAGAACAAUUUCAGACUAUCAUUUCAAACAAUUAUACAAAAUCUACUAACAAUACGGACCAAUAUUCACUCGAGUUUGUUCUACGUUUAUUACAUUUACGUGAUACGGAACUAUUAUACAUCAUCUCAACAAAUAAUAAAUCUGAAGACGAAGAAUUAAUAAACCAUAAUAAAUAUAAUCUAUCUCCAUCUAUAUUAAACAAUCAAUUUCUCAUAAAGAAACUUAAUAAAUUCAUAUAUUGGGAAAAUAUAGAUCCAAUCGAUAUAAAUAGUAUACCAAUUCAUCGUAUUAAUAUCAAUAUGUUCGAAUCACAAGAAUCUAUUGAACAACAAAUCGAUAGAAUAUCAUCCACUUCCAAGAAUCAAUUAUUUAUAAAUGUUGAAACAAUAGAAAUGACAAAUCAAUCUACUGAUCAAAUAUCUUAUCAUGAAGAUAUGGAUUGGUAUGAACAACAUUUGUAUACGUUAGUUCAAAAUGCAUUGAAUGCAUUAAAUCAAAUGAAUCAACAUUUUCUUGAAUCGAAAAAACCAUUAUUAUCUGAACGCAGACAAGAAGAGUUAAUCAAUAUCUUGACGAAAUUAUUAACAACUAUCCCAAUAAACAAUAGUAUACAACAACAAACUCAUGAAAAAAGUGUUCAAAAAAGCCUUCAAUCAUCUCUCUCAUUUUCUCCAUGUUUAACAUCAUCAUUAUUAGAAGAACAUCCAGUAUGUAGUACAAGUGUUGUAAGUAUCACUACAACGACAACUUCAGGAGUUACUUGUUUUAUUCAAACUCUUUCAUCUAUUACACCUACUAAUACCACUACAACUACUACAUCGUUUUCACAAUCUAAACAGAUCUCUGAAAUAUCUGAUUCAUCUAAUUUAAGUUUUACAACAAAUUUAACUUAUCCAAGACGUUCAGAAAAAGCAUCAAUAAAUGAAUUAAUUAGUUCUGUGGAUCAUUUGAGAAAUUUGCAUGAAUUACGCAGUUUAGCCAAAUAUCUUUUAGAUCAAUAUCAUAUUGUUACAUCUGAAUUAGACCUUCAGUCUGAUACUAAUUGGUGUUUAAGACAGAGAUUGACAAAUGCAAACAGUCAAUUAAACCGGUUAACAGGCUUGUUAAAUAAAAGCAGUCAAGGAUUGUCAUCGAUUGAAGAAGAUUUAAGCUUAGGAACGGACAAAACUUCAUUACGUUCAGAACAUUAUGAUGGAAUACGUCAUAAAUCACUUCAACCAACUUAUACUUUAAAUAAUUUACAAGAAAAGAAUACAACUAGUGGUCGACGUUUAAAUUUCAUUCCUUCGUCUGAUGAACAAUUGAUUAGAUCUAGUUAUUCAUCAUCUAUUCAAACAAUGGGAAAUAAAUCAAUAUUAAAAUCGAAAUCCAAAUCCAAAUCUGAAAUAUCAUCAAUGACAUCAAGAAUUAGUGAUCCUGAUUAUUUUAUAACUCAUGGAAUGUUUAUUCCAAUGAGAAUAAUGCAAUCUAUUUCAUCACAAACGGUGAAACACAAAAAAGUAUCUUGUCUUCCACGGAACACUUUUAAUUGUGGUCCAAUUUUAAAACGUUCCCAUAAACAUCAUCAUUCUUCAUCUAUUGAUGAUACAUAUCAAUCAUUGUCUAAACCAUGCAGUCAUGAUAUUAGUGAUAAAUCCAUUGAAAUUAUUGAUAGAACAAUAACAUCAACACCAUUAUUAACAACAACAUUAACAAAUUCAUCUAAACAAUUAGAUAUUAAGAAUAAUCCAAAUAUACUGAUAUCAAAUUGGAAUGAAUUAGAGACAAGUCAACAGAAAUUACCUAAUAUAUCAAUGUCUAUGAUAAAAGAUUAUGAACAUUAUCCAAAUAAAUCUUCAUCUCUAUCAGUUUCUUCAACAAUGAAUAAUGAAAAUGAUAUAAUAUGUAAUGAAAAACAAUCAUUAUUACAUGAAUAUAAUAAUAAUAAUGAUAGUAGUAGUAUUCAUCAAUCACCACAGAGUUCCACAACAACAAGAACCCCCGCCGCCGCCGCCGCCGCCGCCGUCACCACCACCAUAACAACAACAACAACAAGAAGUCGUUCAUCAUCCUCAACAUCAUCAUCUUUUUCAUUUACAAGUUUUCAUUCACAUCCUUAUUCUAAUGAAAGAAUUCCUAUAAAAUCAAGAAAAAUGAAAUUUCAUUCACGUUUUCUUAAUUUAUUUAAAUCUAAUUUUAAAAAAUGAUCCAUUUUUUAAUUGUUUAGUAUUAUUAUUUUGUUGCAAUUAUCGUCGUUGUUGUUGUUGUUGUCGUCGUCGUUACCAUUAUUGUUGCCAUGACUCAACUAAAAGAGAAAAAAAAACAAAAGAAGAAUAGUAUAAACAACUAGUCUCAUUGUGUUUAAUUCAUGAUAAACUAUGUGUGUGCGUGUGUUAUUUUUCUUUUCUUUUCUCUUCUUUUUUUUUUAAUUGUCAUACAAGUACCUGUGAUGUUCCUUGAUUGAGUUGAUUUUUUUUUGUAAUGUGUGCUAGUUUAAUACUUAAUUAUUCAAUCAUUCAUUUACUCAGUUGAUUUCAUACUGUUUUACACAUAGUUUAUUACAUUACUACUGAUUUACUCUUAUGAUCUUAUUUUUCUGCUAUAAUAUAUACAUUGAUCCAUCGGAAAAGGGGAUGGUUUGCUUAGAUGUGUACAGUUUUCUUCUUUGUUUCUCAUAUGAAACUGGAUUUAUCGAUUAUCAUUGUUGUUGUUGUUGCUAUGACUUAUUGUGUACUUGAUCUGAUACAGUUUCGAUCUGCUUAUCAUCAUUUUUGAAAACUGUAAACAUUGUAUUAUGUAAUAGAUUACAGAUAUAUGAUAAGAAAAAAUACAAAUUCAAUGAUUUCAUUAUUAAUUAGAUGAUUCUAUUUUUUUGCUUUUAUUUUUUUUUGUUGUUGUUGUUGUUGCUGGGGGAUAUGAACAGUUAUUUAUUUUAAAUGCUUCUAUAUAGAUGAGUAUCAUGUGAAUUCAUGCAUUUUUGAGUUUUUUUUCUUUUCUAUCCAACUUAAUCGUCAUGGUUACUAUGAUAUAGUUACAACAUAGUUACUGUGACAAUCUCAUUUUGUUCAGUUUAUUGUGUGUGUGUAUAACUAAAUUGCCAAAACUCUUGAUAGCGCCAUUUCUAUCAUCUCAUAAUUGAUUGAUUGAUUGUAUGAAGAAGGACGGGGGGGUGCUAGGGAAGUGUUCUAUAUUUCACAGCUUUUGCUUUCAAUUAUAUAUAUAUAUAUAUAUUACUUUAAUCUUCUUUCUUUUUCUUCAUUUAUUCAUCCAUUUUCAUAAUAUUUCACGAAUAUAUAUUUUAUUUUAUUGUUUAAAUAAUGUUUAUAAGCAUAACGAUUAGAAAUUACAUUGUUUCUUCUUUAUACUUAUGAUCAAUGUUACUUUCAAUGUUUUACGGUGUUAAAGCGUGUAGCUAUGUCGUUUUUUUUGUUUAAUGCUUAGAUCAAUAUUGUGUAUCCGUGUGUGUGUGAGAGAGAGAGAGAUCUUGAUCUGUUUUUGUUUUCUCAUUAGUUAAACAUUGACAUCAGAUCAUUGUUAUGUAACAGUUUUAGGCUGUGAAUAUAAACAUUUGUCAUCAUUAUUAUUGUUGUUACUUAUUCUUGUCACCAUCAUCAUCAUCAUUUCAUUUUCAUUAUUCAUUUCAUUCGUUCAGAUUCAGUAAAUAAAUAAAUAAAUAUCUUCUGGA